AUGAAACGUGUACAUCUCCCACGAGGUCCUGGCCUGCACGUUUCUACAUGUCAUGGCCCAGGUCUUCAGAGUGCUCGUGCCUUUAGUUCCGGUGGUGCUGGUGCCCGAUUGUUUGAAAAUAUGGUCACUGAUGCACCGCUCGCUAUCCGAGCCUUUGGUAACAAAUUCAAGGAUGAAGCGCAUGUCCGUGAGUCCAAGUCUUUGCGGCGUGAAGCUCGCGCAGCGAAGACGCAACUCAAAGCUGUGCGUGGCGUUAUGCCAUUGAAUCAUUACGGACUCGCAUCUCUUUGCGCGAUGGAACCAGGGGCGCUGACAAACCUUGACUCUGUCAAUGCUGAUGAUAUGGAACUGUUUUUUCCUCUCGCGAAGACUUCGUCUGCAUGCGCAGGCCCAUUUCAAGGUGUCAAGACGGUCCUCACAGUUGCAUUGGAUCCAUACACGCCUAUGAUCGACGGCAAGAGCGAGGUGCUUCGUAGCCAAAACAUGCCUCAAGUAAGUGCGUCCUUGUUAGACGAGAACAUGCAGUCGAAGCUCCAUCAGAUUCAGGCCAGAUACAAGCACCAUCAUGAAUGUAUCAAGCUUUUGGAGGCCGUGUUACGAUAUCACAACAUGUGGCCCAGUAAGUUGGACAUGUCAUGUGUUGAAGUCCCUAUUGUAUCAAAUAAACCGGUCUUUCUCAGAAUUAAAAUACCUGGCUGGCGGAAACCAGAUGUCGAAGCGGCGCUAAGGGACGUACCCAAGCAUGUUAUACAUUUACAUUCACACCCGCUUGAUUGUCUCUGGAGUCUGAUGGAAAUUUCCUAG